GCGAGCGCGAGGCGGCCCCGAGGGCUGACCGCGGAGCUGGGCCAGAGGGAGGAGGCAGCUGCUUUCUGGGGGGCUGGCCGCUGAGGCCGGAGGGCAGCCCUUCUUCCCGCCCUUCUGCUGCUCCCUCCCUCCCCCCUCCCCUGGAAGACCUGGGCGUGACGUGUGCGGCCCCUCCGCCGCUCCCCCGCCCCUUCCCUUCCCCAGACGGCGAGGCGAGAGGGGAGGAGUGAGGUGCUGCCGCUGCCGCUGCUGCUGAGGAGGAGGAGGAGAGCGGAGAAGUGGCGGCGGAGGCGGUGGGGAGGACGACGACUGGAGGGACCUGCCCUCGCCUCCUCUCCUCCCGUCCGCGCUGGUCGGCUGGACUCGGAAGCGCUCUCCGUCCCGUCUCUGGCGGCCCCGAGAAGCCCCGGCCGCUCGCCCAUGGCUUCAGCCACCAGCGGCAUGGAGGAAGUGCGCGCCUCGGUGCUGACCCCGCUCAAGCUGGUGGGGCUGGUCUGCAUCUUCCUGGCUUUGUGCUUGGACCUGGGCGCCGUGCUCAGCCCGGCCUGGGUCACGGCCGACCACCAGUCCUACCUCUCCCUCUGGGAGUCCUGCACCAAACUCGGACAGUCCGACACCUGGCGCUGCAAGACCACCCUCAACAGCGACUGGCAGAUUGCUACACUUUCUAUGCUAUUGGGAGGUGCUGCUAUAAUUCUUAUAGCCUUCUUGGUUGGAUUAAUUUCUAUCUGUGUGGGAUCACGAAGGCGGUUCUACAGACCAGUUGCUGUCAUGCUGUUUGCAGCAGUGGUUCUUCAAGUGUGCAGCCUCGUCCUUUACCCAAUCAAGUUCAUCGAAACUGUCAACUUGAGAAUAUACCAUGAGUUCAACUGGGGCUAUGGCCUCGCCUGGGGUGCAACUAUAUUUUCAUUUGGGGGUGCCAUACUUUACUGCUUGAACCCCAAAAACUAUGAAGACUACUAUUGAAGGAAGCUACUUUUUAAAAAAAAACAAAAGGAAAUGAAUAACACAAAGAUAGUUAUGUCUUUUCUAACUUGGUGUUUUUAGAACUUUUGUAGAGUGUCAGUCUGCUAUAUUGAUUUACCAACUUUUACCUUUUGGCUACAACUACUGCAAGUAGCUUUUUAACAUCCUGUUAAAUGAAUAACAAAAAUCAUACUUACUGAUCAGUCCAUAGGCAACUUUGUAAGCUGCUGAUACACUAUCUUUGAUAAGGGAAGAUCAGCACCAUUGAUGGAUGCAGAUGGCCUCAGCCUUCAUGAGAAAAUUAGAUGGAAUGAAACAUAGGCUACCUGCAUUGGCUGUAGACUUCAAAGGAGUUGCUGGGACAAGAAUCAUGUGGAAGCUUGUUUAUAUUGCAUAUGAUUCCAAUAUUCUAGAGAGUCAUCAGUCUCUGCCUCCAUGUUGUAUUGGCUCCCUGGGAUUCUUGUUGAAAUAAACCUCUAAGCAGCCCAGAUGCAGAGAAGAGUGAAGAUAAUUAAUAUAUACACUCAGCAAUUUCCUGGCAAGAGAAGCUUAUAUGUUUGGCACUCUACAUUUUCCAGCCAUUGGUGGUAUAUCAGGAAGUCAGAAUGUGGAACAUAUUCUUCUAAUUAUGUGGUUGGACAUUAUGUCUCAGAUGUAACCGAGUAUUGAAAAUAACAUGAAGAAUCACACUGAAUCUGUUGACUCCUUCAAAAGAAUAAAGAGUGAGAGACAUGCAUGCGCUGCAUUUUCCAGAGCAUAUUUUGAUUUCAAAACACUGUGGCAAAUGUUUCAUAAGCAACAUUCCCACUAUUUUUAUAGAAGAUGUUUAUUGGUUAUUACUAUAAAGAUAAAAGUAUUGUGAGCUAAUCCUAUAUUAGCUAUAGUAAAUAAGAAUCUAAACUUUCACAAGUCUUCUCUGGGUAUUGAGUUGGCUUGAAAUAUUUUGGAGAACCCCUUCCUAUAAUAUAUUGCAUCUCAUAUUGCUUGAUCUAAACCCUGGUGUGCCAUCUGUAAAAAUUUAGAUAAGAAUGAAUUGUGGUUUUAUUCCUGAAAAGCUAAAGAGCAUGGCACUGAAUGCAUUUGGAUAUUAUGCCAAAUUAUUAUGGUGGGAAGAGCCAUAGUGAGCCUCAUGCUUUCAGUGUCUCGCCCACCUCCUUUUAAUCUGGAACAGCUGUAAGGUACAGAUGAGAAAUUUUCAGUUCUAGUCUCUCUCUCUCUCUCUCUCUCUCUCUCUCUCUCUCUCUCUCCCUCUCCCUCCCUCCCUCUCUCUCCCUCUCUCCCCCCCCCCUCUCUUUUAAACCAAACUUUAAAAACUGUAGUUAAUCUUAAACAUUGUUGGAAACAAGACAACAGCGAAUUGUGGAGCUGGUUGAUUUCAAGAAAUUAUAGUCAAUUUUAACCAGUUUGAAUCCUAGAUGUAAUACAAAAGUGUACUUUAUCAAAAAAUUGAAGCGGAAGUUCAUUGUAGCUACAAUGCAGAAAGCAUGCAAACUGUAGGUUCACAGAGGCUGGAAAAAACCACAGUUUAUCAUGAUGCCAAACACAGCCAUUGUUUCAUUUUGAUGCAGAUGAAUAUAAAAAAAAAUGUAAGAACGUAUUUGUAUUAUUUUUUAAAUGGAAGCAUUCCUAGAUAUUAAUAUAUUAAGAAGACUUAAAAGAAAUACAGCUGUAAUUUCUAAAUUGUAGCUGCCCACCUGAGAAGUUUUUGUGAAUUUAUGGAGUGACAUGAUUGUCCAUGUGUCCGUGGUUCAAAGCAAUACUGAUAAUGAAAAAAAAGUAAUUAAAGCCUCAGUGGAAGUAAGAACUACAACAAUAAAUAAUAGUUUCUGUGUCAUAGAUAAGACAUUGUUUUGGGGGUUGGGAGUUGUGGCCAUUUGAAAAAUUCCUGUUUAAUUUAGAUUAGAUUUUUUUUAAAAAAUAAUAAUAAUUAAACCAGUGUAUCCUUUCUAUGAGGUGACUAGCAGGGAACUAAUUCUGAAAAUUAUACAUUGUUAUCAUGGUAUAUAAAAAUGAUAAUGCUUUCUCCUUUUAGCAUGAUGGAUUCACUAACACUUAGUUGAAUUUUUUAUUUAUUACAUCUUGAAAUUGUGCAAAAGCUAUGUGAAGUCUUUUAAACUAUAUUUUAAAUUGAUAUAUAAAACUUAGGGUUUAUGUUUGUUUAUAUCAUUUUGUUGGGUAUUUUCAAUUUAUUCUGAAAAAAUUGUAUAGUAUAUACUGUUCUAAUAUACAAAUAUAGAAACAGUUAUUUUUGCUACAUGGAAAUUAAAAUUGUAUCCUCCAAGAGCAUAAUAUUCAAAAUGAUAAAACUGCUGCUCAGUA